UCGAUCGCUGUCUGCGCUCUGUUCGCGCCGAGACAGGUAGUGCGCGAGGGAGCAGGGCGGCCCGACGAGCAUUCCGCAGCCGGCCCCUUCGCGUGCUUGCAACUUACACGUGGCAGCCGCUCCUCGCUUGCCCCGUCGAGACUGAGACCAGCGCCAGGAGGCGAGAGAGACAAGAAGGGCCGUCGGCACCAUGGGCAAAGGGACGGGACGGGACAAAUAUGAACCUGCAGCAACAUCUGAGCAUGGAGCCAAGAAGAAGGGGAAGGGGAAGGGGAAGAAAGAGAGGGAUAUGGAUGAACUGAAGAAGGAAGUUUCACUGGAUGACCACAAACUCACUCUCGACGAACUUCAUCGGAAAUAUGGAACAGACCUCAGUCGGGGUCUGGCACCUACACGGGCUGCAGAGAUCUUGGCUCGCGAUGGCCCCAAUGCUCUGACUCCGCCUCCCACAACCCCAGAAUGGGUUAAAUUCUGCCGGCAGCUAUUUGGGGGUUUCUCCCUCUUGUUGUGGAUUGGAGCUCUUCUUUGCUUUUUAGCAUUUGGAAUUCAAGCUGCAACCGGGGAGGAGCCAAAUAAUGACAAUUUGUAUCUGGGUGUUGUGCUGGCUGCUGUCGUCAUCAUCACUGGAUGCUUCUCUUACUACCAAGAAGCAAAGAGUUCGAAGAUCAUGGAGUCCUUCAAAAACAUGGUGCCUCAGCAAGCUCUGGUCAUCCGAAACGGGGAAAAGAUGAGCAUCAAUGCUGAAGGAGUUGUAGUUGGAGACCUGGUGGAGGUGAAGGGAGGAGACCGAAUCCCUGCUGAUCUGAGGAUCAUUUCAGCCCAUGGCUGUAAGGUGGACAACUCUUCCCUCACUGGUGAAUCGGAGCCUCAGACCAGGUCUCCGGACUUCACAAAUGAAAACCCACUGGAGACGAGGAAUAUUGCUUUCUUCUCUACCAACUGUGUUGAAGGCACUGCCCGUGGUGUCGUCAUUAACACUGGUGAUCGUACUGUCAUGGGCCGGAUUGCCACCUUGGCCUCUGGAUUGGAAGGGGGGCAGACACCCAUCUCGGUGGAGAUUGAGCACUUUAUCCACAUAAUCACUGGCGUGGCUGUGUUCCUUGGAGUGUCCUUCUUCGUCCUCUCACUGAUCCUGGAGUACACCUGGCUGGAGGCGGUUAUCUUUCUUAUUGGCAUCAUUGUUGCCAACGUCCCUGAAGGCCUGCUUGCUACAGUGACAGUAUGUUUGACCCUAACGGCCAAGCGCAUGGCUCGUAAGAAUUGUCUCGUGAAGAAUUUGGAAGCUGUGGAAACUCUUGGCUCCACCUCUACCAUCUGCUCCGAUAAAACAGGCACCCUAACUCAGAACCGCAUGACAGUUGCCCACAUGUGGUUUGAUAACCAGAUCCACGAGGCUGACACUACAGAAAACCAGAGUGGCGCUUCCUUUGACAAGACAUCUGCUACUUGGACUGCUUUAGCUAGAGUUGCAGGACUCUGCAACCGUGCUGUGUUUCAGGCGAGCCAAGACAACGUUCCAAUUCUGAAGAGGGCGGUGGCAGGUGACGCUUCUGAAUCGGCACUCCUAAAAUGCAUUGAGCUCUGCUGCGGGUCUGUCAGGGAACUGAGGGAGAAGAAUUCCAAGGUGGUGGAGAUCCCAUUCAACUCGACCAACAAAUACCAACUGUCCAUCCACAAGAAUGCAAACGCAUCUGAAUCCCGGUACCUGCUUGUGAUGAAAGGAGCUCCAGAGAGAAUUCUUGACCGUUGCAGCACCAUCCUGAUCCACGGGAAAGAGCAGCCCCUAGAUGAGGAGGCCAAAGAUGCGUUCCAGAAUGCCUACCUUGAAUUAGGAGGCCUGGGGGAGAGAGUUCUGGGUUUUUGCCACCUAGCCCUGCCAGAUGAGCAGUUCCCUGAAGGCUUUCAGUUUGACACAGAUGAAGUGAACUUCCCAGUGGAUAAUCUCUGUUUUGUUGGGUUGAUUUCUAUGAUUGACCCACCUCGUGCUGCUGUGCCUGAUGCUGUUGGCAAAUGCAGAAGUGCUGGAAUAAAGGUUAUUAUGGUGACAGGAGACCAUCCAAUCACAGCCAAAGCUAUUGCCAAGGGAGUUGGCAUAAUCUCAGAGGGAAAUGAGACUGUGGAAGACAUUGCUCUUCGCCUCAAUAUUCCUGUCAGCCAGGUCAACCCCAGGGAUGCCAAAGCCUGUGUGAUUCAUGGCUCUGACCUGAAGGACAUGACCAGCGAGCAGCUAGAUGACAUUCUGACGCACCACACAGAAAUAGUCUUUGCCAGAACCUCUCCACAGCAGAAGCUUAUCAUUGUGGAAGGUUGCCAACGACAGGGUGCUAUUGUAGCCGUCACUGGUGAUGGUGUGAAUGACUCCCCUGCUUUGAAAAAGGCAGAUAUUGGUGUUGCGAUGGGUAUUGCUGGGUCUGAUGUCUCCAAACAGGCAGCUGACAUGAUUCUGCUGGAUGACAACUUUGCCUCUAUUGUCACUGGGGUUGAAGAGGGCCGUCUGAUUUUUGAUAACCUGAAGAAGUCAAUUGCUUACACCUUGACCAGUAACAUCCCCGAGAUCACACCUUUCCUCAUCUUCAUCAUUGCCAACAUUCCUCUGCCACUGGGCACAGUUACCAUUCUUUGCAUUGACUUGGGCACUGACAUGGUUCCUGCAAUCUCUCUGGCAUACGAGCAGGCAGAAAGUGACAUCAUGAAGAGACAGCCCAGAAACCCCAAAACAGACAAAUUAGUCAAUGAAAGGCUCAUCAGCAUGGCCUAUGGUCAGAUUGGGAUGAUCCAGGCACUGGGAGGCUUCUUUACCUACUUCGUGAUCCUUGCAGAAAAUGGCUUCUGGCCGUCCUCGUUGUUAGGAAUUAGAGUGUCAUGGGAUGACCGGUGGGUUAAUGACGUAGAGGACAGCUAUGGGCAGCAGUGGACCUACGAGCAGAGGAAAAUCGUGGAAUUCACUUGUCACACAGCCUUCUUUGUCAGCAUUGUGGUGGUGCAGUGGGCUGACUUGGUUAUUUGUAAGACCAGAAGAAAUUCUGUCUUCCAGCAGGGAAUGAAGAACAAAAUCCUCAUAUUUGGUCUCUUUGAAGAGACUGCUCUAGCUGCCUUCCUCUCUUACUGUCCUGGAAUGGAUGUUGCCUUGAGGAUGUAUCCUCUCAGACCAACAUGGUGGUUCUGUGCCUUCCCCUACUCACUCCUCAUCUUUGUGUAUGAUGAAGUAAGAAAACUCAUCCUCAGACACAGCCCUGGAGGCUGGGUGGAAAAGGAAACCUACUACUAAAGUACGGCUGGACCAGAUUUGGUUGCACAUGGCUGCAUGCGCUUCUGGAGUGGAGGAAGAAGGAAAGCACGUGGAGGAAGCUAGAAGAAGCCCGGAAUGGAGAGGGCGGGGGAGCGUCCAGCAUAGUCCCAGGGGUGGGGGUGGCAAGCAGAGUAGUUUUUAAUGUGCCUUUUUGUUUUUGUAAGGAAGAGAUUAAGAUUUUAUAUCAGGACUUUUACAAAUAAAGAUGGAUCCUAAGAAGA